AUGGCAUCACCCGUCCCGGCCGACAAGGAGGUCGGAAGCUCCCCCCCUCCUCGAACACCCGAGCGGCCCGUUUCACCACUCGGUUUGCGCCGCAACUCGGACCCGGUUCUUGACCCGGCGAACCAGCACCUUCACCCGCACCGGCAUCAUGCGCCUGGCGUGGGCGACGACAACAUUGUCUAUGCCAAGGGAGGCAACAGCCCGAUGAUCGUACCCGAGCAAAGUUCGCUGCAUCGCCACGACCACGACCACCACCACCAUCACGCUUCGCGAGUGAGCAGCGAGAACGACGUCGAGAAGCAGAAAUUCGGCACUGGACCCCCGGACUACGUCGAUGGCGGCGAAAAGGUUGGCGUCGUUGCCCGCGGCGACGAGGAGGCGUCCUCGGAGGGGCAGUUGCAGCCAGAGCCGAAAUGGAAGCGCCUCUUGCGCCGCCACCGCCGUCCAAUGACCCACCUCGCCGUCUUGGUGGUCAUGACCGGGUGGUGGAUCGCCUCGCUCGUCCUGUACGCUGGUAGAAGGAACUGGGUCAUCCCGUUCCUCGUCUGGCUCACCAUCGUGCUUCGACUCGUCUUCUUCUACGUCCGCAGUUCUCGCGUCUCUGGGCCCAUCAAGUGGGUAUGGCAGCGCACGGCCGUCGUGGUCUACGACCGCCUGCCUCCCAAGUCGCGCACCCCUCUGGGCGCCGCCGUCGUCAUUGCUGUCAUGAUCGUGGGGUCGUUCGCCUCGGAGGAGUUCGCCGACAACACGCGCGAGAACCGCGCCGUGUCGCUCUUCGGCCUUGCCUUCACCAUCUUCAUCUUUUGGCUCACCUCGCGUAAUCGGCGCAUGGUCAACUGGCGGCCCGUCAUCGGCGGCAUGCUGUGCCAGUAUAUCAUCGCGCUCUUCGUGCUUCGUACCGGCGUCGGCUACGACAUCUUCCGCUUCAUCGCCGACCGCGCCGGCGACCUCCUCGGCUUUGCCGGAGACGGCACCCGAUUCCUCCUCAGCAACACGUUCACCGAUGCCGCGUACGGACAGGGCGUCUUCAUCGUCCUCGUCAUCCCGCCCAUCAUCUUCUUCGUCGCCAUCGUCCAGGUCCUCUACUACAUCGGCUUCCUACAGUGGUUCAUCGGCAAGUUCGCCACCUUCAUCUUCUGGCUCCUCCAGGUGUCCGGCGCCGAGGCCGUCGUCGCUGCCGCCACGCCGUUCAUCGGCCAGGGCGAGUCGGCCCUGCUCGUUCGCCCGUUCGUCCCGCACAUGACCCGCGCCGAGCUGCAUCAGGUUAUGACCUGCGGUUUCGCCACCAUCUCGGGCUCCGUACUGGUCGCCUACAUCAACCUCGGCCUGAACGCCCAGGCCAUGGUCUCGUCGUGCGUCAUGUCCAUCCCGGCAUCGCUGGCCAUCUCGAAGCUCCGCUAUCCCGAGACCGAGGAGACCCUGACGGCCGGUCGCGUCGUCCUGCCGGAUGACGAGGAGCACAGGGCCCAAAACGCCAUCCACGCCUUUGCUAACGGUGCCUGGCUCGGAAUCAAGAUCGCCGGCAGCAUCAUCGCCUCCCUGCUCUGUAUCCUCGCCUUUGUCGGUCUCGUUGACGGCCUCCUCACCUGGUGGGGCAGCUACCUCACCAUCAACGGACUCACCCUGAACCUCAUCUUCGGAUACAUCUUCUACCCUGUCGCCUUCCUGUUGGGCGUUCCUCGCAAUGAGGAUCUCCUGCGCGUCUCUCGUCUGAUCAGCGAGAAGGUCAUUAUUAAUGAAUACGCUGCCUUCACUAUGAUGAGCGAGGCCCCUUAUAACCAAAUGUCGCCGCGGUCCGAGAUGAUUGCGACCUACGCCCUCUGCGGCUUCGGCAACAUUGGUUCCCUCGGUAUUCAGAUCGGUAUCCUGUCCCAGCUGGCGCCCAGCCGCAGCGGCGACGUUGCGCAGCUGGCCGUCAGCGCCCUCAUUUCGGGUGUCGUCUCCACCUUGACCUCCGCUGCUGUUGCCGGCCUCGUCAUCCAGAACGAGGUCUAA